UGAUCGAAGCGCUUCCACAACCAGCAAAGCGGUGGCAGCAGAAUCGUGUAACGUGUCUGAAACAUGCAAACACCUGUCGGAGGGAGGUCCAACACCUGUCCUCGUCGGACACUCCACAGCGCGAACGCCACUCUCUACUACCUCGUCCUCCUCGCACGCCGCCGCUCAACUCAACUUCUCCCCACCGCGAGACCCUCGCCGCCUCCAGCUGCACCAUGCCGCUGCCGGAAGAACACGUCGAGGAGGCACCGGAGGCGCUUCUGGAAGAAAUCCUGGAGCAGAUCUUCCUCCGCCUCCCGCCGGACGAGCCGGCGUGCCUCGUGCGGGCCUCCCUCGCCAGCAAGCUCUGGCUCGCCCUCCUCAACGGGCCUCGCUUCCGCGGCCUGUACCGCGACCACCACGGCCCUCCGCCCAUGCUCGGCUUCCUCAGCUCCACGCCCUGGGACGAGACUGAGGAAGGAGACCCCGCCGCCGUCCCACCUUUCGUCUCCACCACGGGGUUCCGCGCGCGUGUCCCCGACGGCGGCUGGGGGCGCACGGACUACACCGCGUGGGACUGCCGCCACGGCCGCGUUCUCCUCGGCGAGAAAGAUAGCGCGGUGCUGCAACUGCAAGUCGACAGGAAGCUCGCCGUUUGGGACCCCGUGACAGGCCGCCGGAGGGAGCUGCGGGAGCCCGAGGUGGUGUACGGCUACGGGCUCUACGCGGCCGCGGUGCUCUGCGCCGUCAGCGGCUGCGACCACCUCGCGUGCUACCAGCGCCCCUUCCGGGUGGUGCAUUUCUGCCUGCACAGGCCCGAUGGUGCCGAUGAUUUCGUCGCGCAGGCGCGCGUGUCCUCGCUGGAGAUGUGCUCGGAUGCUCAUCCUGCUCAAUGGAGCGGCCCAUGCCCUGGUGUUUCUAUUGGCGGCGAUGGCCACAUCCUGGCAAUGCCCCCCGUCCUGGUCGACGACGCCCUCCACUUCAUGCUCGCCCAUGAUGGCUUCGGCAACGUUCAUUUCGCGGAAAUUCUGAAAUACGACUUGACCCGUAACUGCCUAUCAUUGCUCGAUGCGCCCAAGGCGGGGGUUGGCAUGGACGCUGCCUCCAUGCUCAUGGCGAUGGAGGAUGGUAGCUUGGGGUUCGCACACCUGAAGAGGUCAACCCUCUUCGUAUGGUCAAGAGCCGUCGGUUCGGACGACGGAACCGCAGCAUGGGCUCAGCGUAGGGUCAUCGACCUCAAAAACCUUCUGCCCGUUCAAGAUCCCCAGAAGGAUGAUAUGAGGCUGCUUGGUUCUGUGGAGGGCGGCGAUGCCGUGUUCGUCAGCACGGACCUGGGCAUCUACAAGAUUGAUCUGAAGUUGCUACGGCAGAAGAAGAUAUCAGAUGGAGAGUAUUUGGUUUCUUUGAUUCCAUUCAUGAGUUUCUACAAUUCACGAGAAAAAGGCGAGACCCUGUGACAGCAGCGCGAUGACAGUGUGUGGUGGAUGUGGUUGAGGAAAGGAAGCCAAUCUCAUCAGCAAGAAGGAUGACCAACUUGGAUGCGACAUGGUUCUUUUGAUGCUUGUGUCGCUAUUUAGUACUCCCUCUGAUUCAUAUUAAUUGACUCUAAUACGGAUGUAUCUAGAUAUAUUUUAGUUCUAGAUACAUCCAUAUUGAAGUCAAUUAAUAUGAAUCGGAGGGAGUAGUUGGUUUGGUGCUGUGGUGCUUGUUUUUUGGUACCGUUGUUGGCUUUCGUCGGUAAGCUUGGUAGUGUCCCGAUGUUGUCGUGUGUAAGCGGGUAGAUGUUUUAUCAUGUAAUGAACCUCUAGUUUUUUUUUUUUUCAAGCAGAAAACAUGUGCUCCUUUGUUUAGUUUGGCUAAAAAAAUGCACCGCAGACAAUAGCUUUGUCUCGCCAUUUUAAAAG